UCACUGUCUCGCUGGAUGGAAUGGGUUACAGUCACAGUUUCUGAGCUGGAUAUUUUCUCUUGAAUGAAUUCCCCCUGAAAGAAUGGACCGAGAUAAAGACAGCACUGCGCCACAUGGCAAAAAGUUUGGAAUAAAAGGGAAGAAGAAACACAGGAAAGGACACAAGGGUGUUGUAAUCGCAAACAAAAAUGCUCUAGAGGCUGAGCCUGAAACUAAUCCUGACAAUCCAGACGUGGUAGACGUACCCCAGCCUGAACUCGCUGAAGCAUCCUAUACUUCCUUCAGACAGAUCGCUAAUACUAAGAGGUGUAAACCUGUGGCCAAGAUCUUGGAAGGUGAAAGCAAACCACAACAUUUCCAGAUCUCCAUCAAUAUAACAGAGGCUAGGCAGCUAGUCGGGGACAAUAUAGACCCUAGUGUCGUGAUUGAAAUUGGAGAUGAGAAAAAGCAGACGUCUGUGAAAGAAGGAACCAACUCUCCUUUUUACAAUGAGUAUUUUGUGUUUGACUUCUUUUGCAAUCAAGACUUCUUUUUUGACAAAGUCAUCAAACUAUCAGUCAUGCACUCAAAGAUCAUGAAGAGCUACUGUGUGGGAACCUUCAAGAUUGAUGUUGGGACAGUUUACUCCCAACCUGGCCAUCAGUUCAUCAAUAAGUGGGCCACGCUCACAGACCCCGCUGACAUCCGCACAGGGGUGAAAGGUCACCUGAAGUGUGAUAUCGGCGUGUCAGGAAAGGGUGAUGUUGCAGCACCAUCCCAGAAGUUCAGUGAUGCCGAGGAACAGAUAGAAAAGCACCUCCUGCUUCCUGAAGGCUUAAACCCUGAACGGCCGUGGGCUCGGUUUUAUGUGAUAGUGUACCGUGCAGAAGGUCUUCCCAGAAUAAACUCCAGUAUUAUGGCCAACGUGACCAAAGCCUUUGUUGGAGACACGACAGCCCUCAUAGAUCCUUAUGUAGAGGUGUCAUUCUUCGGUCAAGUUGUAAGCUUGCAAUCCAGUAACUUUGGGAACUUAAUUGAUGGUACUGCGCAGCCUACUUCAAAAAAAAAGCUUGAAGAUGUCUCAGUGACCACUCCACUUCUGGACACUGCAGCAACAAUGCCCUGCAAAUCUACUACAACACCAGAAAGACCUCUUUUCGGAGAUGCACAGAGGCACUACAUGCACUUGCCCAUCGGAGCGCAAAAGCCCUGUGUGUAUGUUUAUAGCAGCUGGGAGGAUCGAGCAUACCGACUCCAUCAUGCCAACAUGCUGGACACAAUUGCCCUGAUGUUUGAGGAGGGAAUCGCUAAGGUGGCGGAAUUGGAUAAAAUGUUGUCUCCAGAAGCAAUGACUCUCAUGCACCUUGUUCUUCGGGAAUUUAGAAGAGAUGCCAGUGAGUUUAUUGCUUUUGCUGAAAAGAAGGUGAAGGCAAGCAUCUUGACCUUACUGGACAAAAAGAGGCUCACUCUGUGCAAACAGGAGCUGGAAAGUAUGACUGAAGUAGCUGGAGGACUCCUUGAGCCCAAGAGGAGAUCUUUGACUGUAAAAGAGAUGAUGCUGGAAGUCCAGAAAAUUAAAAAGAAACUGAGAUUCCUCGUGGAAGAGCCUCAACACACUUUACCAGAUGUGUUUGUGUGUCUGGUCAGUAAUAACAAGCGUCUGGCGUAUGCCAGAAUCCCUGCUCGUCACCUACUCUUCUCACAAAGCCCAGAGCAGAGAGGCCGAGACUGUGGGAAGAUCAACACCCUGUUCCUCAAGCCUCCAGGGAAGCGAGGACCAGGGUGGACAGUCCAGGCUAAACUCGAUGUGUAUUUAUGGCUGGGAACUUCCAGAGAUUCAUUCCACAUGUUGGACAAUCUCCCAUCAGGCUUUGAACUGGAAGGUAUCUCAUCUGAGGACAGGACUGGCCCUCCUCCUGAUUAUUUACUCUACACAGAGCAGCACUUGUUCCAGCUGAGGGCUCAUAUGUACCAGGCUCGUGGUCUCAUUGCAGCAGAUAACACUGGCCUUUCAGACCCCUUUGCCUGGGUGUCUUUUCUGUCCAAUAGCCAAAGCACUGGUAUCAUCAAGCAAACUUUAACUCCUACAUGGAAUCAGCUGAUCCUGAUAAAUAAUGUGUGUCUGUAUGGAGGGCUUUAUGAAAUGGUCCAGGAGCCACCGCUAGUUGUGAUUGAGGUGUAUGAUGAUGAUGCAGUGGGUAUAGAGUACCUGGGGUCGACAAUGGCUGUUCCUGUAGUCAAACUGUCAGAUGAGCGAUACUCCCCUCCUCAGCUGCAGUACAGCCCUCUGUUCUGUGGCAGCCUGUCAGGAGGAGACAUACUGGGAGCGUUUGAACUUAUUCAGAUCUCAAAGUCAGGAGAAAAUACACUUCCUGAUUUAGAUGAGCCGGAUGGAGGGGUUAUUCCAGUACCCUCAUACAUUCGACCUGUGCUCUGCAAGUACAGAAUUGAGGUGUUGUUCUGGGGCCUCAGAGAGCUGAAGAAAGUUCAGCUUUUGUCUGUCGAUCGGCCCCAAGUUUUUAUCAAGUGUGCAGGAGGAGGCGUCAACUCUUCAGUCAUACAGAGUUACAAGAAAAACCCAAACUUCACAAUACUUGUAGAUGCCUUUGAUGUGGAGCUGCCUGAAGACGAAUACCUCCUCCCUCCUCUUACUAUCACUGUGGUGGACUGGAGGGCCUUUGGGCGGAGCACACUUGUGGGUAGUCAUAUCAUCAACAACCUGGCCUUAUUCAAACACAUCCCCACAUUAGUUCAACAGCCUAAACCGGAACCCAAAAACAUGGCAGUGGCUCAGCUGUCUCUGCAGCAGAGUGUUGUGCCACCGCCUGAUGAGGAGAUCGCCAUUGAAAUAGAGCCGGAGGAAAUAAUCACCCCUGCCUCUAAAACUGAGCCAGACUUCCAGGACAAGAAGGUGUCGAAGAAGAGCAAACGAACAUCUACGAAAAGGAAGAAACGCACCACAGCUGAUGAGUCUGCUGAUAAUGUCAUUGAUUGGUGGUCGAAAUACUAUGCAUCAAUGGAGAAGAUCCAACUGUUCUACCACUACCACAACUUCUUUCUUAGGCAAAGCAAAAAGAAAACAAAGUUUGGGCCUUUUGACGACUGGGUUAAAACCUUCGAACUCUAUCGAGGAAAGGCCAAUGAGGAAGAAGGUUCUGCUGAUGAAAGAUUUGUUGGGAAGUUUAAGGGCAGGUUCUGUCUGUACAAGCUGCCUGAAAUGGAUGAUGAGGAGGAGGAUGGAUAUUUGGAUUCUGGGCAGUUUAAAAUAAACCAGGGUAUUCCUCCAAACACUGCCGUGGACGUCCUUAUCCGUGUGUACAUAGUUGCAGCCUUCAACCUGCACCCUGCGGACCCAGAUGGCAAAGCAGACCCUUACAUAGUGCUGAAACUUGGGAAAACUGAGAUCAAAGACAGAGCCAAUUACAUCCCAAAGCAGCUCAACCCAGUGUUUGGAAGAUCCUUUGAAUUUCAAGCCACUUUCCCCAAGGAGUCCCUGCUAAGUAUUCUCAUCUAUGACUAUGACACUGUUGGCGGUGAUGAUUUGAUUGGAGAAACACAGAUUGAUUUAGAGAACCGUUUUUACAGCAGGCAUCGAGCUACCUGCGGCCUGCCUACUGAAUAUGCCAUAGAGGGUUAUAAUGCAUGGAGGGACUGCAUCAAGCCAACAGAACUGUUGAUUAAGCUUUGCCAAGGAAACAAACUGGACAACCCUCACUUUUCUCCAGGACGUAUUACCAUUGGAAGCAAAGUUUUUACAGGGAAAACUGUAUUUGCUGAUGAAGAUCAGAUGGUGGAGUCGUACGAGCACCUGGCUCUGAAGGUGCUGCAAAGGUGGUCUGAGAUGCCCAAUGGUGGUUGUAAACUUGUGCCAGAGCAUAUUGAAACUCGCGCACUCUACCUCAAAGACAAACCAGGAAUAGACCAGGGUCAUCUGCAGAUGUGGGUGGACAUUUUUCCCAUGGAUAUGCCUCAUCCUGGCCCUCCUGUGGAUAUUUCCCCUCGCAAACCCAAAGGUUAUGAGUUGAGGAUCAUUAUCUGGAACACUGAAGAUGUCAUACUGGAGGACACCAACUUCAUAACAGGACAGCAGUCAAGUGACAUUUAUGUCAAAGUGUGGUUAAAGGGGCUUGAGGAUGACAGCCAGGAAACUGAUGUCCAUUACAAUUCUCUGACUGGAGAGGGCAACUUCAACUGGCGCUUUGUGUUCCCCUUUAACUACCUGCCGGCUGAGAAAGUGGUGGUGAUACAAAAGCGAGAAAGCAUCCUCUCUCUGGACAAAACUGAACAGAAGAUCCCUGCAGUCCUUGUUAUGCAGGUGUGGGACUUUGAGAGGCUUUCUUCUGAUGACUUCCUGGGCUCAGUGGAGUUGGACCUGCAUGGGUUUCCACGUGGAGCUAAAUCAGCUAAAGCUUGUAGGAUGGAAAUGCUGACAGAAACCACAGAGAACAUCUCUAUCUUCCAGCAGAAACGCUCCAAAGGCUGGUGGCCCUUCAUUAAAGCUGGAGAUCUCACAGGGAAGGUAGAAGCGGAGUUUCAUCUGGUAACAGCUGAAGAGGCAGAGAAAAAUCCAGUGGGACGUGCACGCAAGGAACCAGAGCCUCUAGAGAAACCAAAUCGUCCAGACACUUCCUUCUCCUGGUUUAUGAAUCCUUUCAAGUGCUUCUUUCACCUGAUCUGGGGGAACUACAAGAAAUACAUCAUUGCCGGACUGGUGCUGCUGAUUGUGACCUUGUUCCUGGUUCUUAUCUUCUACACCCUACCAGGGGCGAUCAGUAGUAAGAUAGUCAAUGGGUAAUCAAACACCCUGAUUAAGUAACUGGACACAAAUGAGCAGCACAUAUUUAACUUGUUAUUGUUGUUGCUUUAAUGAUGCACACAUUUAAACACUUGCUCUGCAUAUCUAACUUUUCUGAUUUUAGGAACAAUCUUUUAUUUAAUAUGCACCAACAAAUGUAACAUCCACACAACAUUAAAUGUUUAAUAAUCUUUAAACCGCGUAAAACAUUGAACAUAGCACAUGAAAACUGUAGGAAACAUGUUUUAUUAAUCACAUCCUACCUUCUGUAAACUGUCAGAUUUUGUUCUACUUGUUGUGCAUUGAAUCUAGAUGAAAGAUUAUGAAGUGACUUUCAAAAUGACAGCAAUAAUUCAAAAAUGAAUAUUUGUGUAAAUGCAGUGACAUAAAACAAGCGAGCACAACCCCAACGAGUCAAUGUCAUGUAAAUUUGUGAUUGUUACAAAGGGUUAAAAUAACAUUUUUCAUAGUCUUUGUGAAACACACAGUGUAUUGCCUUGUGUUGAAACCAGAAAUGAUCAAAAAAAUUAUAAAGCGAUUUAUUCUCAGCUUCUUGUUCUUUCUCAGAAUACUAAUUAAACUGAAUUUAUCUAUAGCACUGGUAGUAUGUUAUGAAGUAAGAAAUGUAGCUUUAUGAAGUUCUGAUUCAAAGACCAGAAUAAGUCUGAAAUGUUAAUGUAGUAUUUCAGUUGU